CCGCCCCCCCCCACCUUCCCUCCCCUCCUCCCCUCCCUCCUCCUCCUCUUCCUCCUCCUCCUCCUCCCGCUCCCGCUCCGCCCGCAGCGCCCUUCUCCCGCCGCCGUUACCGGCGCUGCUCCAGCUCCGCUCAGCAGUGACCAAAGCCCGGCUCGAGAUGGACACCGGGGUCAUUGAAGGAGGGUUAAAUGUGACGCUCACCAUCCGGCUGCUCAUGCACGGGAAGGAGGUGGGAAGCAUCAUUGGGAAGAAGGGGGAAUCCGUGAAGAAGAUGCGGGAGGAGAGCGGCGCCCGCAUCAACAUCUCCGAAGGGAAUUGUCCCGAGCGGAUCAUCACCCUCGCUGGCCCCACCAAUGCCAUCUUCAAAGCUUUUGCCAUGAUCAUUGACAAACUGGAAGAGGACAUCAGCAGCUCCAUGACCAACAGCACGGCCGCCAGCCGGCCCCCGGUCACCCUGCGGCUCGUGGUGCCCGCCAGCCAGUGCGGGUCCCUCAUUGGCAAGGGAGGCUGCAAGAUCAAGGAGAUCCGAGAGAGCACGGGGGCACAGGUCCAGGUGGCCGGGGACAUGCUGCCCAACUCCACCGAGCGAGCCAUCACCAUCGCUGGGAUCCCACAGUCCAUCAUCGAGUGUGUCAAACAGAUCUGCGUCGUCAUGCUGGAGUCUCCCCCGAAGGGUGUCACCAUCCCGUACCGGCCCAAGCCAUCCAGCUCUCCCGUCAUCUUUGCAGGUGGUCAGGACAGGUACAGCAGCGGCAGUGCGAACUACCCCCACACCGCCCCAUCCAUGUGCCUCAACUCUGACUUGGAGGGACCACCUCAGGAGGCCACCCGGCAGCCACUGCAUGGCAACGAACUUGGGCCAAUUCCAGCCUGGGCUGCAGUUCUUCCGGCCUAUACCAUUCAAGGACAGUAUGCCAUUCCACAGCCAGAUCUGACCAAGCUGCACCAGUUGGCAAUGCAACAGUCACCCUUUCCAAUACCUCAUGGCAACACUGGAUUCAGUGGCGUUGAAUCCAGCUCUCCAGAGGUGAAAGGCUAUUGGGGUUUGGAUGCCUCCGCUCAAACCACCUCUCACGAACUCACCAUUCCAAAUGAUUUGAUUGGCUGCAUCAUCGGGCGCCAGGGCGCCAAGAUCAACGAGAUCCGUCAGAUGUCGGGGGCUCAGAUCAAGAUUGCCAACCCCGUGGAGGGCUCCACCGACCGCCAGGUCACCAUCACCGGCUCUGCCGCCAGCAUCAGCUUGGCCCAGUAUCUAAUCAAUGUCAGGCUCUCCUCGGAGACCGGGGGCAUGGGAAGCAGCUAGGGCCCGCCGCGGAGCCCGGCCUCGCACCAUCCAUCUGUGUAGCCCCUUUAGAGCCAGCCCCAGAACCUUAGUUUGGACAUUUUUGGGUUUCCGGUUCUCCACCACUCACCAGGUUGAGUUGUUUGGGA